AUGUUUUCCAUUAAAUUGCUAUACACGCUAGCAGGCACUUCCAUGAUAUCUCUCAUUAUCGUCACCAUUCUCAAUGCUCUCACCUACGGAUCAAUUCAAUCCUUAUCCUCACCUACCCGGACAACCGAGUUAGCCCCAGUGGCCUUAAGCGUGAUCAGCUGCAUGGCAAUGAUAAUGCUCACCUUCCUUGUCCAUCGAGAGAUCCACCAAAACAUCCAAUGGCCCCGAUGGAAGAUCGGUAUCUUAUUCCUCACAAUAACAUACUUCAUCGCCGCCACUGGUUCAACAGCAGGUACAAUGGCCACAACCCAUCCUACCCUGCCUUCACUGUGGAUUGCACGAUCUAUCUUCUGGGGAAUUUCAGUCUUUACAGAAGGAUGCUACUGUGGCUAUCUCCUUGUGAUUUGCUUCCAGCCCAAGGCCGAGACUGCCUGGCCACGAUCUUAUACUCUCUCUCAAGAGCUGAAGGCUCUCCCCGAGUCCCCGUCUCCAUCUCCAUCUCCAUCAGUGACAACCCCAACGCAAACACUCAGUGAUCCUUAUCCUGAUAUGAACCGCUUCGAUACAAGACGGGGUUCACUACGAAAAUAUCCCCGACGAUCUAAUCGUUAUUCAGGGGGCACAUUAUGUUUUGAACAGCAUAAGCAUGCCUCUUUCGAUACGACCUCUACUGCAUCAACAGCACCUACAACACCCACAGCACCACAUCACGACACUAACGACCACCACAACCAACAACAACAACAACUUCAAAUACCCAAUGAGAACGAUACUCGACCUCUCCGAGGCAGCAGCAGUAUCCGCAGCCUACCUAGUCUCCGUAUCCGAGACCAAUCCCCACAGCUAUCGCUCGACAAUCUCCUCCAAUCUCCAUCGCCAUCAGCAUCAAGCUACAAUCUGAACCUGAAUCUCGACUCCCCCACAGCAUCAAUGGAAGCACUGGGAUUCUCAACAGAAGACCGUAUUCACCCUCUCUUUCGCGCAACGAGCCCUUGUCCCUCUCCUACCCCUAGUCCCGGAACGCGGGUGAAGGCGUCCCCCUCUGCCGGACAGACGAUUACACAUAAGACGGUGACUCGGAUGCGAUCCGCACGGUCCCUCCGAGAACAUCGGAGUGGCUCGCCGUUUUUAAGUGAGGAGGAGAAGAAUAUGGCGCUUGUUCAUGCGGGACAUGUGCGGAGGAGUAUUACACAGUAUGAGAAGCGGUAUGAUUUGAAUGAAUCUCCUGAUGAGUAG